AUUGGCCUUCAAGUGGCCUGCCGAAGAUGCGUUCCUUCCAAGAGGCAACGCUCUCUCGCUCUCUAUCAAUCAGAAGAAGAAAACAUCUUCCAAGAGGCAGACAGGCGGAGACCGGAGUCAACCUUCUUCUCUCUCAAAGGAAAGAACAACCAACUGCUGAAAGCUGGAUCGGAUCCUCGGAAUCUAGGAGAGAGCAAGCUCCGUCAAGUUCGUCAUCUCCAGGUAGCACCACUGGCAACCAUGGAGGCGGCUCUGGUGAGUGCAGCGACGGGAGCCUUGAAACCCGUCCUGGAGAAGCUAGGCGCUCUGGUGGGCGACAAGUACAAGAGGUUCAAGGGUGUCCGUGACGAUAUCAAGUCACUCACGCGUGAACUCACUGCCAUGGAAGCAUUUCUUCUCAAGAUGUCAGAGGAAGAGGACCCUGAUUUUCAGGAUAAGGUGUGGAUGAAUGAGGUGCGGGAGCUCUCUUAUGACAUGGAGGACUCCAUCGAUGACUUCAUGCAGAGUGUGGGCAGCCAAGAUUCAAAGCCAGAUGGUUUCUUGGAAAAGAUGAAGAACUCGUUGGGGAAGAUGAAGGCUCGUCGUCGCAUCGGAAAUGAGAUCCAUGAUCUGAAGAAACAGAUCACAGAGGUGGCGGAGAGGAAUGAAAGGUACAAGGCCCGCGAGGUCUUCUCCAAGGCCAAGAAUACAACCGUUGACCCUAGAGCUCUUGCUAUCUUUCAGCAUGCCUCCGAGCUUGUCGGAAUUGAUGAACCUAAGGCUGAGAUAAUUAAACUGUUGACACAAGGUGCGUCAACACAAGAGAAAAUGAACUUGGUAUCCAUUGUUGGAUCUGGAGGAAUGGGAAAGACAACUCUUGCAAACCAAGUGUAUCAAGAUCUCAAAGGAAAAUUUCAAUGUCGAGCCUUCUUAUCCGUUUCAAGGAAUCCAGACAUGAUGAAUAUCCUAAGGACUAUUCUUAGUGAAGUUAGUGGCCAACGUUACACCGACACCGAAGCAGGAAGUAUACAACAUCUCAUCAUCAAGAUCACUGAUUUCCUAGUAGACAAAAGGUAUUUUGUUGUUCUUGAUGAUAUAUGGGAUGUGGAUACAUGGCAUGUUCUUAAGCAUGCAUUUCCUGUGACAAGUUCUGGCAGUAUUAUAAUCACCACUACUUGUAUAAAUGAUGUUGCUGAGUCAUGCCGUUCAAGACCAUAUAAUGGAGAUACUUAUAGCAUAAAGCCUCUUGAUAUGGUACACUCUAGGCAGUUAUUUUACACAAGAUUAUUCAACUCCGAAGAAAAUUGCCCAUCAUAUCUUGAAAUAGUUUCUGAACAAAUUUUAAAAAAAUGUGUUGGGCUGCCUUUGGCAAUCAUUGCUAUAUCGGGUUUGUUGGCUAAUACUGAAAGGACAGAGGGUCCAUGGAAGGAAGUUGAAGAUUCGAUUGGUCGAGCACUUGAAAGAAAUCCCAGCGUUGAAGGAAUGAUGAAGAUAUUAUCACUUAGUUACUUUGAUCUGCCUGCUCAUCUGAAAUCUUGUCUUUUAUGUUUGAGUAUAUUCCCUGAAGAUUCUAUUGUUCAGAAGAAAGUUUUGAUAAAUAGAUGGAUUGCUGAAAGAAUAAUUCAUACAGAAGCCGGAUAUAGUAAAACAUAUCAGUUCGGAGAAAGGUGUUUUAAUGAGCUCAUCAAUAGGAGUUUGAUCCAACCUGGGGAUACAAACAUAUAUGGUAUGGUAAAAAGUUGUCGACUUCAUGACACAAUUCUUGAUUUCAUCAUAUCCAAAUCCAUCGAAGAAAACUUUGUUACUUUGGUAGGUGUUCCUAGUUUAACUGUUGGGACACAAAGCAAAGUUCGUCGGCUCUCCCUGCAAGCCGGCAAGGAAAAAGAAGUGAUACUGCCAAGAGGCUUGGUGUUGUCUCAUGUACGAUCACUUGAUGUGUUUGGGGAAUCGGUGAAAAUCCCUUCUAUGGACAAGUUCAGGCAUUUGCGUUUUCUGGACUUUGAAGAUUGCAAACAGCUAGAGAACCACCAUCUUGAAAAUAUAGGGAGAUUGUUUCAGCUGAGGUACUUGAGCCUCCGAGGAGCGGAGAAAGUAAGUAAGCUCCCAGAACAAAUCGGACAGCUAUGGUGCUUAGAGAUACUGGACAUAUUUUACACCUCUGUUCGUGAGUUACCAGCAUCUAUUGUGAAUCUCAGGAGACUAGUGCACCUAUUAGUAAACCAUAAUGUUACACUUCCUUGUGGAAUUUCCAAGCUGCAAGCACUGGAGAAAUUGAAGGUUGUCACUGUCCAUAACCAGUCAUUUUCAUGAGUUACGCCUGGAAUUUCCAAGCUGCAAGCACUGGAGAAAUUGGGUGGGCUCCCUUGUCAACCUCCAGGAGUUACGCCUUGAAUUGUUCAGACCUGAGCAGAAAGAUUUAUAUAUCC